AUGCCCACGCCACUUCCGUCUAGUUUUGCCUCGGCCGCCGCUGGCAACACCCACGACUCCUCGAACAGGAGAGGGGAUGGUUCUGCCGGUGGAGAAUGGUCUCGAACUCGCAUGAAUGGAGCAACACAGACUUUCCGCCGUCCGUCCGUUGCGACAAACCCUUCUCAUAACCGGGAUGCCAGCCAACCCACGUCGGCUACCACUCCCACCGUGGGCACCUACACUCCUCCGCAUAUGUCCUCGACCUACCAGUCCAGUGCACUCCGCAACGGAGCAGCUACCGACACGCGUUAUUCAAAGGAUCAGCUACUUAGUCUCUACAAAACCCAACGAGAGUCGGGCGUACUGGGGAAGAACGUUGCAGAUUACUUCGUAGCUGACUGGAAUCCCCACGAGACGUCACCCGUCAACGGCGCCUGGGGGAAACGGGAAGACUCGAAGGAUAACCCCUCCGGCCCGGAAGUGUGCUGGGAUCAUGGGGGCCAGGUCGAGCCGUUGGGCCUGGUAGAUAUGACGGAUGAUGAGAAAGAGUUAUUUACUCUCUCCGUCAACUCCCCCCUUAAGCCGCCACCGACGAACGCUUCGAAAGAGAACGCUGGCACCGGUACUGGUGGACGCAAGCUGUCUAUCUCCCAAGGCCAUAUGAAUAAUUUCAACACCGCAUCUCCCAGUGCUGGGCGCCCCGGCCCCAGACGCCGGGAGACGGGCGACUCGACCGGAAAUCCCAUGUCUCCCACCACCAGCGGCUCUCGCUUUUUCCGUGACGAACCGAACACCUCCACCCCGCCCCCAUCCCUUUUGCGCCGCAAGACCGAUUUCCGAGAUACCUCUUCCGCCGCCCGAUGGGAGGAGAAAGAGAAAGAAAACGUGGCUCGAGACGCAAACGCCGAAACUGCCUCUCCUUUUGGUUCUUUGAAGCGGAGUUCGACCAAUCCUUUGAGCGCGGCACCGGGCGCCUCGAAUUCUCCUUGGGGAUCUGCGUCGCAAAGUGCCAACUUUUCACCCAUGGGAGCGUUUGGUGCGUUUUCUCUGGGCACGGCUACUACCCCGACAACCGAAAAGAAGGCUGGGUUUGGUAGUCUCCGCGGAGAGAGCCGUUUGAAGGGGCUGUUUUCGAAGGAUAGCUCUGAGGACAUUUCGGCCUCUAUCAAGGAGAAGUCGUCCCUUAGUAGCUUGGAACGCCUGGGCGAGACGGAGGGCGAGAAGCGCGCUCAGUCGCCUUGGGGAGAGCCCGUGAAGACGCGUACUGGCCGCAGCGAGACCAACCCCUUCUCGGAGGAGCCUCGCAGUGGAAGUGCCGCGCUUGGCGGGUCUCAGGAAAUCAGCACUCCCUCUCAGCCUGCGGACCAGCUUGGGUUCUCGGCUUUCGGCAUGACCUCUAGCAUCCCUGGAUUCAGGGAAUUGAUGCAGAGCCAUGAGAACUCUCGUAACCCUACUCCGAGUCUGUUGCAGGGACAUGAACCCACCAGCCCGACCAACACGAACCCAUAUCAGAGCCCUCACGGCGACCGGGGUGGUGGCGACGAUGACGUGGAGACUGAUGGCUCCGACAUUCAGAACUCCACGCAUCCCGGCAUCACUGGUCUUCGUGAUACCUCGUCCGCGUUUGGUUCUAUCCGACGGGUAGGAUCGGGCAUCGACUUGCCUUCCAUCGAUCGCAGCCAGACGUCUAGUGCCGCCGGCAACCGCAGCUUCUCCAGCCUGGGUGGGCUGGGAGGUCUGUCGUCGCUGGGUGGUGCGGCCGGAUGGCCUACCAGCGCUGCUGUGGGUACUCCUACGCGGGAACGCUCGGCCUUUGCUGGUGGAUUUGGUGAUCCCAUCUUCGGCACGAUGGGUGAUUUGCAGUCCCCAAGCCUGUCGACCCUGGGCGGCAGCGGUUUGUUCAGCCCCCAUGCCGGCAUUUCUGGCACGGGCAGUCUGGGCCGCUCCAGCAAGUUGGGUUCUCUGUUCCCAGCCGCGAUGCAGGAGCAAAUGCAAGGUGAGCAGGGACGGUCGGAUCUGGCCGCUCUGGACGAGGCCGCUCGCCAACCUGGUAAGAACACCGACGUGCCUGAGUAUGAGCAGGUCCUAAUGCACCAAUUAGACGCCCAACAGGAUAAGCCGGGCCAGACGAGCCAACCCGCAACUACCUCGGCUUCGCAAACCCCCGUGUCUGCGGUGGGCUCCAUUCCUACGUCGAUGGCACCCGAUGCACCCCCAACCAGCCAGACGCCUGGCCAAGCUGGAGCUCCUGGCUCUGUGCCUCCUGCCCAACAGCGGACCAUGGUGAUGCCGGAUCGGAUGCGUUGGAUCUACCGCGACCCGCAAGGCAACAUCCAGGGUCCCUGGACUGGACUGGAGAUGCACGACUGGUUCAAGGCAGGUUUCUUUAGUCCUGACCUGCAGAUCAAGAAGCUCGAGGACCCCGAAUUUGAACCCCUUGCCCAGCUGGUGCGACGCAUCGGCAACUCGCGCGAACCCUUCCUGGUGCCUCAGAUCGGCAUUCCCCACGGUCCCGACCCCAGCCCUGGUCCCUGGACUGGGAACACUACCGGCACGGCUCAGCCUCCGUUCCCCGGCAGCUUCCCCAGCUUUGGUACCACCUUGACCGCUGAACAGCAGAAUGCGUUGGAACGUCGGAAGCAGGAGGAGCAGUAUUUGAUGGCACGUCAGAAGGAACACCUCGCUCAGCAGCAAGCGCUGAUGAAGCAAAUGCAGUUCCAGGGUGUCCCCCACACGAUGCACCCGCACCAGCUGCAGCAUCACUCCAGUGCCCACAGCCUCCACAGCCAACCCAGUUUUGGCAGCAUCGCCUCGCCAGUCGGCUUCCAGCCCUCUCCCAUCCAAGCCCCGAUGCAGCAACCCCAGUCUGUUGCGGGCUUCUUCGAUGCCGCAGGACCGGUGAGAGCAAACCCACUGCCCAACAUUGGUCCCCAGAUGCUCGGCACUGAACUGGGCACUCCCCAGGAUCAGCUUCCCGCCCUCCUCGACCGCUUGAACGUGAACCGUCCAGACCCUUUCGCAUUCGGCACCCCCGGCUCUUUUGCGGCUCGCCAGCCUGACAGUCUGUUUCAUCAGCAGCAGGUUGCCAGCAUGCUCCAGGACCGUGCUCGUUUGCAACAGGAACAGGAACAGUUUGACAGCGCCCAGGGUGACAACCUCUUCGACCAGCAGGCACGGGAAGAGCGCCUCCGCCAAUUCCACGCUCUGAGAGCUCAGGAGGGUGAGUUGGGCCUUCGGACUGCCGAGGGUCUGCCCACGCACCCGGCCACAGUUCCCCAGCCGACUGAGCCCGAGGAAGUCGAGCCGGUGGCUGAGGCUGAGGAGCCUGCCCUGACGUUGUCGCAGCAGGUGCAAAAGGCCGCGUCUGCUCAGCGCAAGCAGCAGGAACAGUUGGAGCAACAAGAACAGCUUGAGCGCGAGCAGCAGGAGCAGCAAACUUCCGAUGUCGGUGAGGCCGCCUGGACUGCCAAGGGAGACAGUGCCAUGCCCCAGCCCUUCCCUCCGCCGCCCUCUGCCUCGCCGCUCCCGGCCCCGGCUGCUCAGCGCAACCGUCAGAAUGUUGCUGAGUCUCUGGCUGCCAACUCGCGUUCCCAGACCCAGACUCCCGUGGAGGCGCCGACCACUUCGAUCGCGCCUUGGGCAAAGGAAGCCAAUGAGGUGCCCAAGGGUCCUUCUCUGAAGGAGAUCCAGGAGGCCGAGGCCCGCAGCGCUGCGCAAAAGGAGGAGUUGGCGGCUGCUGCACGCCGUGCCCAGCUGCUGGCCGAGCAGGAGCGUCUCAGCCAAGUCCAGGCCCAGGCACCUGGCCUCCCGUCGACGGCUAACUGGGCCAGCGCUGGUUCUCCCGCUACACCUACAUCUUCAGGCUCAGUUUGGAACAACAAGGGUCAGGCUGCUCCCUCUGGCGCCGCUAAGAAGACUCUUGCACAGAUUCAGAAGGAAGAGGAGGCCCGUAAGCAGCGUCUGGCCGCUGCCGCCGCUGCUGCUCAGAGUGCGGCUGCCAGCCCCCCGACCGCACCAUCCUCAACUGGAAAGCGGUAUGCGGAUCUUGCCAGCAAGGCUCCAGCGGCGUCUCCGGUCCCUGCCAGCGCCAGCACGUCGGGUGCCUGGACGACUGUCGGAGCGGGCGGCAAGCCCAAGCCCCCGCCGGCUGCUCCCGCCGGGCCUCGCUCGACCAGCAGCGCAACUCCGGUGGCAGUUUCUCCCGUGAAGCCGAAACCGGCGACUGUCGCGACUCCCCGGGCGGUUGCUGUCGCUACGCCUCCGGCCAACCCUAACCGCGCCGUGGAGGAGUUCACCAAGUGGGCCAAGCUUGCUUUGGGCAAGGGGCUGAACAGCAACAUCAAUGUGGACGACUUUGUACAGCAGCUGCUUUUCCUGCCUGCGGAGGCGGAGAUCAUCUCGGACUCGGUGUACGCCAACUCGCAGACGCUGGACGGCCGGCGAUUCGCGGAGGAGUUCAUCCGCCGGCGUAAGCUUGCCGACAAGGGCAUCGUGGACCCCGUGGCGGCGAGUGCUUUUGCAGAGAAGAACGCGGGCGGAUGGAGUGAAGUGGCCAAGAAGGGAUCUUCGAACGCGCAUCGCGAGGAGGACAACGGAAACGCAGCGUUCAAGGUGGUUGCGCCCCGCAAGAAGGGCAAGCGUGCUUAUCUUCACUUGUUCCUCGAUCUCUCCCUUUCUCUCUCAAUUUACAUCCAUCUACUUCAUACAUCCAACUCAUCAACAACACCACCAUCAUGGCCACCCCAAUUCCCUACGGCGCUCCCAUGCGCCAACACUUCUGCCUCGACCCCAACUGGAAGAACCUCAACCACGGCAAGCACCCCCCAUGUCCCAUUCCCAUCCCCUCAAACCCUCAAGCCUCCUAUUAAUGAUACCCCAGGAUCCUUCGGCACCUACCCCCUCCGGGUCCAAACCGCCCUCCGCGCCCACCAAAGCACCGCAGAAUCGCACCCGGACCUCUUCAUCCGGCGCCUCUGCCCCUCCCAAACCCAACACUCCCUCAAGUUACUCUCCACCCUCCUGCACGCGCCAGAAUCCUCUCUCGCGUUCGUCAAAAACGCCACCACGGGCGUUAACACCGUCCUGCACAACAUCCCCUUCACAUCCAACGAUGUGAUCAUCUACUUCGACACCAUCUACGGAGCAAUCGAGUACGGGCUUCUUGCCCUGCAGGAACGGACCGGCGUGAAACUCAGGAAGGUGGAGUAUACGCUUCCGAUAUCUCAUGGGGAGAUAGUGAAGCGGUUUAGGGAUGUAGUGGAGAAGGUGAGGGAAGAGGAAGGGGGAGGGUUGAACGUUAAGGCAGCGGUGUUUGAUAUGGUGGUUAGUGUUCCUGCGAUCCGGUUCCCGUUUGAGGCGUUGGUGAGGGAAUGUAAGGAGUUGGGGGUGUUGAGUGUGGUUGAUGGUGCGCAUGGGGUGGGUAUGUUGGAUUUGGAUUUGGAAGCCUUGGGGGUCGAUUUUUUGACGAGUAAUUUGCAUAAGUGGCUCUACAUCCCCCGCGGCUGCGCCGUGCUCUACGUCGCGCCUCAACAUCAACAUCUCAUGCGCACGACGUCGCCCACUUCCUGGGGAUAUAUAUCCUCCGCUGCGGCGGAGGAAGCGCGUACAAAUGGCAUUACUGCGUCUGCGUUCAGGAAUCUGUUUCAGUCGACGGCUACGAAUGACGACACGCCGUAUUUGUGUGUGCCUGAGGCGUUGAAGUUCCGGGAGGAGGUGUGUGGUGGGGAGAAGGCGAUUUAUGAGUACUUGGAGAGGUUGGCGAAUGAGGCGGCGGAUGUGGUGGCGGGGGUGCUGGGGACGGAGGUGUUGAGGGAUGAGGAGGGGUUGUUGACCAGGUGUGCGAUGACGAAUGUGAGGUUGCCGUUGAAGGUUGGUGAUGGUGGUGAUGGUGAUGGGCGUACGGUGGUGGAGAAGGAGGCGGUGGGGAAGGUGACGGAGUGGUUUCGUAAUGUUCUCAUGGAUGACUAUAAGACGUUUGUGCCGGUGUUUGAGUACAAGGGGUGGUUGUGGAUGAGGUUGUCGGCACAGGUGUAUUUGGAUAAGAGUGAUUUUGAGUGGUUGGGAGGUGUGUUGAAGGAGUGUUGUGAGAGGGUGGGGAGGGAGGUUCUUCAGAAGUAG